AUCACUUUAACCCCAGGUUUUCAGAGGUAAAAUGUAUCGUCUUCAUUCACGGGCAUUCACCGGAGUUUCUUUCACCUUUUUUGCUUUCAAACAUUUUUCACCUCUGCCGAUAGGAGAUUCAAACCUUAUUAGUGAGAGACGUUUUAGUAAAAAGUGUUCUUCAAUCGGUUGAUUUUUACUAUACACCGCUCGAAGAUAAUAGAGGCGAAUCCCGACAAGGCGCAAUCCAGGCCGGGGGAGAGAAGUAAAGAGUGUUGCAGCGAUGCCGAAGUCCAAGAAGAGGAACAGCCGAGCCGCGGGUGGCCGGCAAGGAAUAAUACACCCAUUUAGUGAUGAUGAUUCCUCAGCUGGAACAAUGAGCCACUGCAGUAGCUUAAGUGAUGUGGCAAGCUAUGCUGAAGAUGGUGCCGAAGUAGAUGAAGAAGCGGCGCAAGAAGACUUUGAAUACAAAUUGAAAGGACUUAUUGACCUUACAAUGGACAAAAGCGCAAAGACAAGGCAAGCCGCGCUUCAAGGUAUUAAGAAUUGCCUUUCAUCAAAGCUGUUAUACGAUUUCAUUAUAGAGCGAAGAAUGACUCUAACGGACAGCAUUGAACGUUGUUUGAAAAAAGGUAAAGGUGAAGAGCAACGUGCCGCUGCAGCAAUCUCAUGUCUCCUUUGUAGUCAGCUGGGGCCAGGGAUUGAAAGUGAGGAUGUCUUUAGAACUUUGGCUCCUGUUCUAAAAAAUAUUAUUUGUGAUGGGAGCGCAAGUAUACAGGCACGACAAGCUUGUGCAACCUACUUAGGACUUUGCUGCUUUAUUGCAACUGAUGACAUUGAGGAUGUGUACACAACAAUGGAGUGCAUGGAAAACAUCUUUACUAAGCAGUAUCAGUCUGAAAAGUGUGGUGGAAACUGUUCAGCGCUUCACAUCCAGGCUCUCCUGUCAUGGGCCCUCCUGCUGACUAUCUGCCAUACAUCUGAAGUGAAGAAGAAACUUGAAAUACAUCUUCCCAAACUUCCACAACUUCUCUCUUGUGAGGAUGUUAACAUGAGAAUUGCUGCCGGUGAGACACUGGCCCUUCUGUUUGAGCUAGCUAGAGAAGCAGAUGCUGACUUUUAUUAUGAAAAUCUGGAACCACUUACAGAGACUUUAAAAGCUCUUGCUACAGACUGCAAUAAACACAGAGCCAAGGUGGAUAGAAGAAAGCAACGUUCUGUUUUCCGUGAUGUUCUAAGGGCUGUUGAGGAAGGCGAUUUCCAGUCUGAAAUGAUAAGGUUUGGCAGAGAGCGUAUGCAGAUUGAUUGCUGGGUUAAAAGACUCACUUAUGGAAUCUUCAAGGAUCUGUUUGGAUCUGGAAUGCAGUGUCACCUUCUGACAAAUGUGUUUCUGCGCAGUGUAUUUGAGCUUGGCCCCCCACUUCUUUUGGAUGCAGCUACUUUAAAAGCAAUGAAAGUCUCUAGAGAUGAAAGGCACAUGAACAACUCGGCUGCAUUCAAAGCUCGGACAAAAGCUAGAAACAAGCUGCGUGACAAGAGAGCAGAUGUUGGAGAAUUUUUCUAAACAAUCAGGAUGGUUUCCAGCAGAUUUUUUUGAACUGAAUUGUGUACCUUCCUUCUGGUUACGUUUGCUCAGGAUGGAGUGGCUAGUCAGGAAAUGCGUACAGCUAUAAUAUAACAUAUUUAUCAAUAUUUAUUUAAUACUUUUGCUUUUAAUGCAUGUUAAAGUAACACAUUUUGUUAUUCAAUAAAUGUGAUACAAAUACAUUAAUGGAACGUGCACAAAACCUCUACAUAUUUAACUUUCAUUAAGUAUUUUGUUUGCUUCCUUUGACACUUGUUUCAGAUGUACAAAGAAAUGUAGCAAAUUGUGUUAAACUGAACCUUGUGUAAAAUCGUGCCAGUGGAGAAAAUGUUUCUUGCGAUUGUAAUGUUAAUCAGAAUGUGUAUAUAAAUUAAAUUUUAGUUUGAUUUUCUUCUUACUGCUGUAUAGAACCUUUUUUUCAUGAUUCUAUUUUGCACUAAUCUUCAAAUGGUUGAAAGAAUGUUUGGUUUGCAAAUGUAUAAUUUUGAAUAAGGGUAAUAUCAGUUAAUGACCAUUUUGUGGAAUUUCAGGAUUUUUCUUCACUUAAAACAAGCCCUCUUAAUAAAGAGAUGUUUGCCUCACCAUUGCUGUAUAGACUUGUUUCAAGCAAUAAACUUAAAAUUGUAGUCCUUAUAUAAUUAUAGUAAAAAGAGCUGUUUAUCUUGC